GCUCAAUAUCAAACACAAACACAUAUAUACAUCUAAAACAAAAAAAAAACAUGAAGAAGCUUCUUCACGGACUCGCCAUAAUCGUUUUUCUAUCAGCUUUAGCGACUUACAAAGCUGAUGAGGAACUUACUUGCGAAGAGAACGAGCCAUUCACAUGUGGAAACAUUGAUGUUUUAAGCAGUAAAAACUUCGACAAAGACUUCAUCUUCGGUGUCGAAGGAGGCAGAGGUCGUGGUCUUAACGUUUGGGAUGGCUUCACUCACCGCUACCCAGAGAAAGGAGGACCAGAUCAUGGGAAUGGAGACACUACUUGUGAGUCAUAUACAAGAUGGGAGAAAGAUGUAGAGGCGAUAACCGAAAUGAAUGCUACUGGCUACAGAUUCUCCUUUGCGUGGUCAAGAAUCAUUCCAAAAGGAAAGGUGAGUAGGGGUGUGAACAAAGGAGGCAUUGAUUACUACCACAAACUCUUAGAUGCCCUCAUCGCAAAGAACAUAACGCCUUUCGUUACCCUCUUUCACUGGGACCUUCCUCAAACACUGCAAGAUGAGUAUGAAGGUUUCUUGAACCGCACGGUCAUUGAUGAUUUUAGAGAUUAUGCGGAUCUAUGUUUCAAGGAAUUUGGUGGAAAGGUAAAGAACUGGAUCACUAUCAACCAGCUCUACACAGUGCCUACGAGAGGCUAUGCAAUCGGGACAGAUGCACCCGGUCGAUGUUCUCCAGCGAUUGAUGAGAGAUGUUACGGUGGAAAUUCUUCAACGGAACCCUAUAUAGUUGCGCAUAACCAGCUCCUUGCUCAUGCUGUGGCGGUUGAUGUUUACAGGACGAAAUAUAAGUUCCAAGGAGGGAAGAUCGGACCUGUGAUGAUAACUAGAUGGUUUCUUCCAUAUGAUGAGACUGAUAAAGCCUGCCUAGAUGCAACUGAGAGGAUAAAAGAAUUCUUCUUAGGAUGGUUCAUGGAGCCGCUAACAAAGGGUAGAUACCCAGACGUCAUGAGGCAAAUUGUGGGAAGUCGUCUUCCCAACUUCACAGAAGCAGAAGCCAAACUCGUAAAGGGUUCAUAUGAUUUUCUUGGUCUCAACUAUUACGUCACUCAGUAUGCACAGCCAGCUGCUAACCCAUAUCCUUCGCCAAAACACACUGCCAUGAUGGACCCAUGCGUAAAGCUCACGUCUGAGAAUAUACGUGGGGAAGUUCCUGGUCCACUGUUCUCUGAAGACAAGGUAAGCGGCAACAGCUAUUACUAUCCAAAAGGAAUUUAUUACGUAAUGGAUCACUUCAAAACCAGAUACGGUGACCCUUUAAUCUAUAUCACCGAGAACGGGAUUAGUAGCCCCGGUUCCGAACCCCGUGAGCAGGCUGUUGCCGAUUCCAAGCGGAUUGAUUAUCUCUGUAGUCAUUUCUGUUUUCUCAGUAAAGUCAUCAAAGAGAAGAAUGUCAACGUCAAAGGAUACUUUGCAUGGGCUCUUGGAGAUAAUUAUGAGUUCUGCAAAGGCUUCAGCGUCAGAUUUGGACUCAGUUAUGUUAAUUGGACAGACGUUAGUGAUAGAAACCUAAAAGAUUCUGGCAAAUGGUACCAGACGUUCAUUAAUGUUACCACCAAAAACUCUACAAAACAAGAUUUCCUCCGCUCAAGCCUCUCCUCCCAGUACAAAAAGCUCGCAGAUGCAUGAAACAAUUUAUCCCUAUCAAUCUUAUGUCACAACACAACUCUUUCUAGUUGCUACACAAAUAACAUAAGUGAGCUUCUUCUAUUGUACUAAUAAAUACCCCAAUAAUAAAUGAUCAAUGAAUAAUACUUUUAAUUACUAUAUAUAUUAUCUUAAGUCAACGGAUGAGGAACAAAAAAAAAGGAACCCAAUUUAACCAUAACAAAC